AAUUAUCUUUACACUUUACAAUCGUCCUUUAUUUUCAAUAAAAUAAAUGGUACGAAAAAAAGGCCCCGUUUGGGAUCAUUUUGAAAUACUAAAUAAUGCUGUCAAUUCACAUCCCCAUGUAAGAUGUAAAUACUGUCCCAAGGAAUAUAAACGAGCUGUUCCUAAGCGAAUGCAAUUUCAUCUUGAUAAAAAUUGCGCACAAGCACCAAAUUCUACUAAAUCUCAGUCCAAUAUGGAAAAAUCUCUUAAUCUUUCAUUAUCCAAAGUAUUAUCACCCUACAAUUUAUCAAAUAGGGAAACGGAUGAUAUUGACCUAUCGCCAGAAGAUUUGCACCAUCUUGGAUAUUGUUAUCAACGUGGUAUAGGAACCGAAAAAAAUGAAGUAAAAGCAUUCCAAUUAUACAAAGUAGCUGCUAAUAAAGGUCUUGUUAUUUCAAUAAAUAAUCUUGGUUAUUGUUAUCAACAUGGAAUAGGAACUGAAAAAGACGAAGUUAAAGCAUUUGGAUUAUAUAGAGAAGCAGCUGAGAAAGGUUGUGUUGAAUCAAUGCGUAAUCUUGGAUAUUUAUACCAAAAUGGAAUAGGAACUGAAAAAAAUGAAAUUAAAGCGUUUAAAUUAUAUAAAGAAGCAGAUGAAAAGGCGAUAUUAAUGCAAUGCGAACUGAUGGAAUUUAAAAAUUGGAUAAUUAAAUUUAUUGAUACCGAACAUUUGCAAGGAUUACGUAAUAUCAAGCAACUUAUUAAGGCGGAUUCAACUCUCAAAAUAUCUGACAGUAUCUUUGAUGCAAAUGAAUAUUUGAAGAUGGAUGAUACAAUCUUAAAUAAAAUCGAAUAUUCGAACGAUCCGAAAGAAAUAAAUGAAGAAAAAAUUAUAGCUUAUCAGAAUAAUGAUGGACUUAAAGUAGAUGAUAUAAUCCAAAAUUCAAAUGACACUCCUACUAAUCUAAAUAAUUCAUUACCAGCACAUUAUAAUUUGGAAGAUAAAGUUGAAGAAGAUAGAAGUAUUGACGAAGAUAAAAAUGUCGAUGAAGAUAGAAAUAUUGAUAACUAUUGUAAAGAGUGUUGA